AUGAACGACGAUUCCGCUGAUUACAACGUUGCCGAUUAUAAAGAUCUCACAGAGAACUGGCAUUGUGAUCCUACUGCUUAUUUACAUCGCUAUUACUCAUUGUACUUUAAGAAAGCAAACGCUUCUUCUGAUGCAGUCAAUGUCUAUGUUCGUCAAGCACCCAGUAAAGUUUGCGUGUUAGGCAUGUCUGAACCACCUGAAGGCAUUCGUGCAUUGAAGUUGCAUACUGAAUUGAUCGGUGAAAAAGUAAAGCCAGACACAAUUUUGUGCGAUUUAAUGGACAAAGAUGGAAAGCUGAUCGGUCAUGUGAGAGCAGAGAUGGAAGGCAAAUUGUUAGAGUUGAAUACAAGAUUGACGCUGACAGAAGAACAGCAAGAAGAAGACAUGAUAGAUUCAUUGUUAUAUAAAGAAAAACAUCAUAUGGUUAUUGGGUUUAUUGGCAUUAUUUUGCCUCGAUUUGAAGAUACAGCAAAACAACUGAGAGAGUUUGUAGAAGAAACCAAAAAUAAUUGA